GAGAAAUAAUUUAAAAAAUGCUGCGGAUUUUAGUUUUGGCUGCAACUUUUGCAGUUCUUGUUUCCGCAAUCGACUUUGGCGGAUCUUCCAGUGAAUCUUGUGAAGAUGAUGGUCAUGGUCACGGUCACGGAAACGGAAACGGCAAUGGUGGAGCAAAUCGUGGCUGUGACGCUGGAUGGAAGCGGUUCAAUCGUCCGGCAGGCGGAUGGUGCAUGCGAUCGUUUGGCGGUAUUUUGAGCCGAGACUCCGCGGAAGCUCAGUGUCAAACCCUGGGAGCAACCUUGUCCGGUUUUCAGAGUUUUGCCGAGGCUCAAUGGGUUUCCACAUCUGCCGUCUCUGUGAUCAAGCGUCCCAGUGGUUAUCUCUGGAUCGGAGCACGUCCCAGUGGUUAUCUCUGGAUCGGAGCACGGUCACCACUGCCUUCGUCUGGACUGAUGCCUUCACGACGGGAACCGCCGGUUUCAACUGGGACAAUAAGCAACCUGACAACAAGGAUCUUAAUCAACCAUGCGCCAUUGUCCUGGCCGCCCACGCACCAAUCCACUUCCAGAGCUAUCAGUUCCAGCCGGCGAUGAUGGAUGAUGCCGAGUGUGCGGCUGAUUCGGUUGCGUCUAUGGGACGUACUAUUUCAGGAUAUGUCUGUGGUAAACCCGCUAGACAGUGAUUUUAAUAAAUAUAAAAAUUUCUGAGAAA